UUGAUACAAGACUAUGGUUAGGAUGAUUAGGGUAGGCUUAGGACGUUUUAGUUAAUUAGUUUUGGUGUUUUCUUUUUAAUUUAAAAGCAAUUACGUAUUUGUUUUUGACAUUAGGUUUAGGGUUUGUGAUUUUCUUUUUUACCUUAGUUACACACCAAGGUCUAUAUAUAUAAAGACCAUUAAUAAAGAAUAAAACCUCCAACAAUUAACCUAUAAUCUCUAGAAAGAGACUUGGGUUAGGAGGAAGCUUAGCUUAAAAUCUCUGUGUUCUUUAAGCUUAAGCUAUUCGAUCGAUUCCUUAGUUCUAAGCUGGAUUAUUCACCACCGGUUACUAGAGCUAAAGCCAAGGAACAAGCACGUAUCAGAAAUCAAACAAAAUGAGAGUACUGAGGGACGGCCAAAGUGGUGGUGGUGCCAAUGAGGGAGCCAAAGCGGAGAAGACUGUGUUUGAGGUUAAACUGGAGUCUUUCGAGGCAUGUGCGAAAAUCAAGAUCAUUAUGGAGGUAAGGAGAAUCACUGGUGUGGGUCUAUAGGAUGCUAAGGAAUUGGUGGAGAAGGCUCCCACGGUUGUGAAAACAGGAGUAUCCAAAGAAGAAGGAGAGGAGAUCGUAGCGAAGUUGAAGGCACUUGGUGUAAAAGCUGUUUUGGAAUUGGUGGAGAAGGCACUUGGUGCCAAUGAGGGAGCUAAAGUGGAGAAGACUGUGUUUGAGGUUAAACUGGAGUCUUUCGACCCAUGUGUGAAAAUCAGGACCAUUAAGGAAGUAAGGAGUUUCACUGGUGUGGGUCUUAGGGAAGCUAAAGAAUUGGUGGAGAAGGCUCCUACGGUUUUGAAAACAGGAGUUUCGAAAGAAGAAGGAGAGGAGUUCGUAGAGAAGCUGAAGGCAGUUGGUGCUAAAGCUGUUUUAGAGUCGGUGACAGUGAGUGAGUUUCCAAGUCUGUUUUGGUACAGUUUGUUCCAUCUAGCUUAUUAGCUUAAUUAGGCUUUCUCAUUGCUAAUGUUGUUGCUUUAAAGAGAUUAAACCCUUGUACCGUUGCUAGUUUAAUAUGUAUCCCAAGUCGUUCUUCUUUGGGAACUCUGUUGUCAUUCCAUGGCUUUAAU